UGGAAGAAGUUGCCGACAGAAAAUGUCUACCUUUCUUUCAUAGUUUUUAAAGUGAUAGCAGCACGAUGUUGACAGGAGUGGACGCCAUUCACGUCUCCACGGUGUUGGAGGACUGUGCAGAUCAGCUGGCAAUUCUGGGCAAAAUUAUGCCAGGGAGCUAUGAGAACAGGACAGACGCUGACGAGUUUGUUCAAGAAGAGAUAGGCCAGCUGGUUGAGGGUCAGAGACAGCUGGAGAGCAAGUAUGAGAGUCUAAUGUCAAAGAAACAAGAUCUGAGGCAGGGGGAUGUCAGGACAAAGAGCAAUUUACAAAAAAUGAUGGACACAGAUCGUGACAUCCAGGCAACAGGAGGCGACCUCAAAAACAGCACCCAUGUCUUUGGACGGAGUCUGAAGCAGAACCCACUCACUUCGGACAACAUAACGAAGAUCCAAGAGGAUCGCGCCUUCCUCGAGAGGGUGGUGUGCAACACCUUGGCAGAAAUUGAACACAGGGGGACUUAUGAGUCCUUGGUGUCCGCAGUGAGAGAGGAGCGAAACAGGAAGACAGGACUUCAGGACACAAUAUUAAAGGAAGAGGAAGGCCGGCGUAAACUGAAAACCCUUCAAAAACAACUCGUUGACGUGAAGAAGGAAAAAGAAGUAGAGAUUCAACACCGCAAUGAGAUGAUCGCCCAUCUCAAGGAUCAGCUUCAGGAGAUGAAGGCCAAAACCAACAUGGAAGGGAAGUACAUCCAGAAGUGUGCCCAGGUCUCCGUGGCACAGACCCUGAAAAGAUGCACCAUGGCUGAGAAAGGGAUGAAGGACGAGCUAGAGAGCUUGAGAAACAAAAUUGAUGAGGAGACGCGGGUGAACGCGGAGGUGGAGUCCUUCCUACAGACCCACCAGAAGAUCCUGAGCCAGAAGGUGGAAUACUGGAUGGAGAAGUACGAGAAAGACGUGGAUGACAUGCAGAUCAAACUGAAGGUGUUGGAAGAUGCCGAGAAGAAAGAUCUGGCUAGAAUAGCAGAGCUGAAGAAAUUAUAUGAAGAGUAUGAACAGGUAGUUGUAGAGGACAGGAUAGACAAGGAAAAAGCCAGAAGGAAGGCUCAACAAGAGGAAAUUGAACUCAAGAAUGCCACAAAGCUACAAGCAUGGUGGCGAGGUGUUAUGGUUCGACGAGGUCUUGGUCCUUACAGUAAGAAAAAGAAGAAGGGAAAGAAAGGCAAAAAGUCUGGAAAGAAAAAGAAGAAGUAAACAAUGAACCCAAUAAACAAUGCUAUAUGCUGUGUGGUUGUUUCAGUAUUACAAAUCAUUGUGAAAAAAGUUUGUUGCAAGAGAUGUAAUGGGGUUUCUAG